CUUCGUUUUGACGUCUGCUGUCUGCUCAGUAUUUUCGUUUAACAUAUUAUUUAUUUACACAUAAUACGAACACUAUUGUUUGGUCUAUACUGCAGUGAACUUAUCGCAAAUCAAUCAUGAUUCAGGUAAAAAUCUACAGUAUUAUUAUUAAUCAUGUAUCGCAUAUUGAAAAACUUAAAAACGGUACACAUAUGCCAUAAUCAUUGAUAAAGUAUUUUCUAGAUAAUUAUCAUAAUCGAUACAAACGCGUAUAACGUUCUAUACGAACGUCAAACUGUUAAAGAACUAUACGGAUGAAAACUCAAAGAUAUUUAAUUAUUUAUUAGGUUUAUCGGGUUAUGUUUUUUAAUGAAAUAUUUCUAUAUCAAUAUUCUCUCGUCCUAAACAGGCAAUUCGCAAUAUUAUAAAAUAGGUAGGUUGCUGGUGUUGUGAAUUAAAAUACGGACAGAUGUACGACAGAUUACAAUACGAGUGAAAACUAUAAUUUACCUGUACAACAACCCAGAAACCUGAUCAAUCCAUUGUAACGAUUUUAAUAUAAAUCGCAAAUUUAUUUAUGUACCUACCUACCUGAGUAAUAAUUAUAUGUUUUACAACACCAAUGUACUCUGAUGCGUCCGCUAUACUCGUAUAAUAUUGCCCCGUGUUUGUUUACAUAAUGUUGCAUUCGAUUUCAUAAUUGAAAAAAAAAAAAAUGGGUCAUUUUAUUUAUAGGUCGUAGUUUUUUUUUUUUUUAAUAAUUUGUUGAUUUACAUAAUAUUGUUACAACUGUGUAAGGUAUCUCGUGUAUGGUACUCAUCAUUGUUAAUUAUGAUAAUAAUAUAGGUACCUACCUACAGAUAAUAAUAUUUUGAUAAUAAAUUUUAAUAUCGUACGUGUAUACAGAAUGUUCUAUUUACGAACCGGCGAUCUUUUCGGAGAAUUUUAAAUGAAUUUGAUUUAUUUUAUUUUAUUUUUAUUUUUCGAUAAUUCUGCAAUCGCAUUUAAUAGGGAGGUUCCUAAAAGAGGGGGCUCUUUCAAACACAGAAUAGAGAAUUAGACAAGACAUAACAUCACUAAUAUAUCGGAUUUACCGUUUGUGUGAGUCAUAAUAACAGUCUGUGGUGCAACCAGGAUUCAUUUCCAGAAUGAAGGGGGGCAAGAAUUAAAGGAAUUAUAAAUUUAUAAAAAAAAUCAUUUCUGGACAGGUUUCUAGAAUAAAAAAAUUCUAAAUAAGUAAAGUGUACAAUGCACAGUAUACCUAUAUACGUAUUCAAAACUACCAGAAAAUGUCUAUAAAUUCAAUAUAAAUUAUGCUAUGUGUAAGUACUAAAUAGAAUUCAUAAAAAAAUCUCAAGUUUCCCCCAAAAUUAGAGAUCACUCUGUAUAAUUUAUUGUGUGUAUACGGUUUUUUUAUAAAAAAAAAAAAAAAACUUCAUAUUUUUAUCCAGAUUCGUAUUAUUUUCCGUUGUAAGUGUGCUGACGUACCUAAGUAGAAAUUAAAUUCGUAUUCAGCAUAACUACUACAACGAAAAUGGUAAAUCCUUAUCUAUUUAUUACAUGGAUUUUGAUAUUUUUUACCCGUGUAGUCGAAUACAUACGUACCUACUACUCGUCCGAGUACUUCGGUAUUAUUGGUUUUUAUUUUCUAGUAUCAGUAGUGGUGUACAUUUUACAUGAUUUUAUAGUAGUAUUAUAUAGGUAUGAUGAUUUUACAUCGGUACUAUAUUGCGGAUUUUAUUCUGUGGUUAAAGAGGAAAAGCGGAAAAACUUCAAGGAGGGACUAUAUAGGUACUUACUAAAAAUUGAGAGUCAUAUACCUGAGCAUUAACUUUACUCGAUUAAACUUUCUCGAAACUCGUAGGAUCGAAAAUUCCACGCAUAUUUGUUCACAAAAAUUAUAAACUAAUAGGGUUUGAAUAUAACCCCCCCCCAAAAAAAAAAAAAAAAUAAAAAAUAAAAAAACGAACAAAUUUUAUCCUUCACGUAUUAUGCCUGUUCGAUAAAACUAAAGUAAACCGGCCUUGAUUAAUAGGGAAUUUGCGUCUAAUUUUGUUGGCUUGGAAAUUAACUCAAAUAAAUUGAUAGUAGGUAACUCAGAAACAUAAAAUAAUUUACUAGCCAAUUUUAAAAUGGGUAGAUUAUGCCGAUUUUCGGUAUUUAUUUAAUGCGAUAUCGGCCUUAUUGGGGUAUAAACAGUGUUAUCAGGUAUUAUAUGAUGACACGUUAAUGUAUAAACAUGUUAAUUUAAGUUAAUAUGUCUAUGGGUUAAAGACACACUGUAUAGUGUAACUAUGCACAACAAACAAUACUCUAUGGUACACCGUCAGUCGACCACGUUAUUACGUAUAUUGAUAAUAAUGACUUAGCAGUCACUGUUAUCACAUAAACAAAUUUGAAAAUUGAUUUUAACAAUCCGUAAAAAUUUUUUUAUUUUAAAGUUAGUUUAAAAAAAAAAUAACUUUUUCGGAAGACUUUUCAAGUUUGUUUUACUUAAUAACAUUGUUUACCAAUGUAAAAAAAAAAUUGCAACGUACCUAUUAUAUAGAUAAUACCUAUUAUAGUUGAUAUAAAAGGAUUUAUUUUUAAUACAAUUAUUUUGUGUUACCUAUAUCAAUAUUUCAUUAAAAAUGCUUCGGUGACAAAAGUUAAAGAGUUCCCGCGGAGAAAGACGUUAACUAAAUAGGGAACGAAUUAUUUUCCUUUAAAUAAGAAAGAGCACUCAGUUCCGCUUGGGGUUUUCUCCUACUUUUACUCCUCCGAUUUCAUUUCUAUGGUAUACAAAUAUAUUUUUUUGGAUUUCCGAUCGAUAAUGGAGCGUCGCUAAAUGUCAGUUAAAAAAAAAAAAAAAAACAAAAAAAAACAAAACGCUAAUAAAUUGUCAACCCAUUAUAAUUGCAGUAAACGAAAUUACAAGUAUUAUUGUGCAUAGAAGAAAGCAAGUCGUGCAAGCUUGUUUUUCGCGUGUUCGAGACACAUAUUUUAAAUAUGUAAAACGCUGUUGGCAAUAGAUAUAAUACUGCUUUUGACGUUUUCAUUUUUGCUUUGCGCUUGUCGCGCGUUGGUUUCGGAAAUACGUACACCCAAAAUGAUUUGUUUUGUUUCGUUAUUUUUUUUCUUAUUUAGUCGAAAUUUCAAACGAGGAUUUUAUCAUUUAUUCAAAUUAAGCAAAAGUUGUAAUAUUUUAUUGUAUUAUAAUGUUUAAUUAAGAAACUAAAAAAUAAUAAUCCACAAUAUAUCUACCUACAUUUAGUUAAAUUGUUUGUUUUUUUUUUCCUUUUAAUUUACUAGUCGUCUCAUAUUUUUCCCUAGAUAUUUGAUUGUUUUAAAUGUAUAAUUUAUAAUAUUACACGGCGAAAUGAAUGUGCAUAAUUUAAAGGGUACAUAGACGAAAGGGGAAGAACAGAGGAAGAAGAGUAGAUACUAGUCCAUUUGCGAAAAUUGUUCAAAAAUUGAACAAAAUUAAGAUAAACGGACUAUUUCCUAUGGUCUAAAUAAGGACUAUUUUCCUUUUCUCCCUGUGCCCAUCGUAUAUUAUACUAAUAAUUAUAAACGAAUUUAAAAUAUUUCGAUUUUACAUAAUAUUAUACGCAGACACCUAUAUUAUAUUCGUUAUAAAUCGGUCCAAAUAUUAUCAUCGUUAAUUGAGAAUAAACUGCGUGCUGUUAGUUUUAAUAUUACAGUGAAUUAUCUCGAAAAAAGGAAAACAAGAAUUGGAUAGACAUCGCGUAUUUGUGCGUUGGAUUUUUUUGGAUAUUUUAAUUUUCAAACGAGAUAUAGGUAUUUUUAAGUGUUAAUAUUUUACACACUCGUAUCUCGUGCCUCACAAACACAGAAUGUUCUUAAUUUUUAGUUUGAUAUAACAGAUGUAACCACGCUUAUAUUAGUACUAAGUGUACAAAAAUGGUUCUUUUUGAUGAAGGCAAAAAUUGCCUUGUCGUGCAUUUGUGAGACGGAGACAACAAAGUACAUAUUGCAAUGUAGCGUCCUUUUAAAUCAAUAAACCAUACUAAACUAUAGGUAGUUAAAACGUCUGAUAAUGUACAUUUACAUAAUGUAGUAUUAAUUCCGUAAUGUUAUUGUACAGAUUUUAUAUUAAUAAUUUAAACAUAAUAUUGUAAUAAAUCAAUAUAGGAAUAGGGUAUAAUAAUAUGUCAAUUUCGGUUGCAAAUAUAAAAUACAUCAUUUUCUCUGGGAAAAAUCGUUUUACACGGUAAAUAAUUUUAACAAAGUCCUUGUUGUUUCUAAAAAUGGUUUUAACUAAUUUAUAAUAUUCACGCGUUGACAGAUGUAAUAAUGUAUAAUAUUUAAUAUAUGAAUGUUGAAUAAUAUUAGUGUAUAAAUUAUUAGUUUUGUCUUGUCACUUCAGAACGUUUUAUUAACGAGAUAUUAAUUUUCUAAUCAAUUUCGUUAGUUAAAUUAAAUUAAAAAUGCAUUAAUUGAUUCGUAAAUUAUAUUUUAUUGUAUUUGAUUUAAAAAAAAAAAUGUGACUGUCCAUUAUAUUAGAUUUUUUUUUUUAUAGAAUCCAACAUCGAUCGGAAUGAAAAUUUUUUUGCGACAGCGUUGCAUUCGUUUCACGUCAUCAAGCACGGCCAAUUUCGAUUGGGAAGACGCAUUGAACCUCGAUCAUAAUUUAACAUCUGAGGAACGACAGUUGAAAACUUCGUUUAGAGAUUUUUGUCAAAAAGCUCUAAUGCCCAGAAUAUUGAACUCCAAUCGAAAUGCUGUAUACGAAAAAGAAGUUUUGAAAGAUAUGGCCUCCAUGGGUGCACUAGGCUGUACUAUUGGAGCGUACGGGUGUGCCAAAGUAUCCGAGGUCGGAUACGGUCUCAUAGCCAGAGAAGUGGAAAGAGUCGAUAGUGCUUAUAGGUUAAAUAGUUUUUUCGUGGGUUCUCGUAAAUGAUUAAUUAUCGGACGUUUAAUUUUAGAUCGGCUUUAAGUGUUCAGUCAUCCCUUGUCAUGCACGCGAUAAAUGCGUAUGGGACAGACGAACAGAAAGAGCGGUAUUUACCACGUCUAGCCUCUGCCGAUUUGGUAGGAAGUUUUUGUCUAACAGAACCGAACGCCGGUAGUGACAUUGGUAAAAUGGAAUCCAGGGCCAAAUUUGAUUCCGAAACGAAAUCCUACGUUUUAAAUGGCGCCAAAAUGUGGAUAACAAAUGCUCCGGUUGCCGACGUGUUUAUUAUUUGGGCUAGAUGUGACGACGGAAAAGUAAGAGGAUUUGUUGCGGAAAAGGGUACGCCCGGACUUUCGACUGCUGUUAUACCGGGGAAAAUGUCUUUGAGAGCGUCCAGCACCGGAUCGGUGUACAUGGAUAAUUGUAAGGUACCCGAAAAUAGUCUUUUGCCCGGAGUCGUGGGUAUGGGAGGUAAGAUAGUUUUGUUUAAGUACUUUUUUUGUUUUCUUGUUAAACAAUUCUUUUUCUUUUUUCUUAGCUGAACGAUCCCUGCUGCAAGCAAUCCUCUUCGUAUUUCCUUGCUAAAUGCCAAUUCAAUUAAAGCAUUUUCGUUCACCGUCCAGAUAUCCUUUUCUAUAUUACCUUUCCAUCUCGUACACGAUCUAAAGGUAUUUUCUUUUGUUUAAGUUUAUAGUUUCAGUUACCUGUGACCUUUAAUUUUAAUAGGUGUUGAUUAAAUGGGAAUAUAAUCCUAAUAGAUCGUAAGUCCUUGAGCGCAUCCGCUUAUCCAGCUCUGAGUAUUUCGGCUAUUACAGUAGCGUAUUGUGCUUUUCAUUUUUUACGUUCUUUAAACUUAUACUAUUCACUUGCAUGGCGACUUAGACAAAUUGCGUAGAUACCUAAAAUCACGAUAUGCACCCGCCUUUCAGCGACGUUCAACGCUAAAAACUGCUCACAUCGGUAUAUUGCACGACCUUGUUCGCAUAAAUAACAUUUUAUUUUUCACGUCAUCGCGUGCAUUGAUGACCUUUUUUUUGUUGGUUCAUAAAUAUUUGGGUAUCCAUAAAACUUGCACAAAUUGUUGAUUUUCCUUUUUUCAAAUGUUAUCACAAUUCAGUGUUGCACACCGGGGUCGAAAAUGUUUAUCAAAACCUCUCUUUCGAAACUAAACAACAAUAAUUAUUAUCUAAUUGAUUUAUUUACAUCUUUUCGUAUUACAGGUCCUUUCGGUUGUUUGAACCACGCCCGUUACGGAAUAGCUUGGGGAGCGUUCGGUGCCGCUGAAGCCUGCCUAUCGGUAUCCAGAUCGUAUUGCUUAGACCGAAAACAGUUCGGAAAACCGCUGGCCGCCACUCAAUUGAUCCAAACGAAGUACGCCGAUAUGGUCACCGAAAUAUCCAUCGGCCUGUUGGCGUGUCUGCAAGUCGGCCGGUUAAAGGAACAAGGAUUGUGCACGCCGGAAAUGAUUUCAUUGAUAAAAAGGAACUCUACCGGUAAGUCGUUGGAAAUCGCGAGGAUGGCGAGGGACACACUCGGCGGGAACGGCAUAAGCGACGAGUACCACGUGAUCAGACAUCUCAUAAAUUUAGAAACCGUCAACACGUACGAAGGAACAUACGACAUUCACGGGCUAGUGUUGGGCCGAGGCAUUACAGGAAUACAAUCGUUUCAAUCGUAGUAUACCUAAUAUGAACCCCGGGAAUAAUGGUCAUUACAAAACUAUGACCAAUUCGGUCAUUUUUGUUUUUUACCUGAAUUCCCUCUGUUUAUUUCGGUAUAUGACCAUUAUUACGUGUCCAUUAUUACCGAAUACCGCCCAACACGUAUUACGAAUUUCGGCAUUUAAUAGUUGGCACUUUUAUCGGGGAAUAAUGAGAGAGAAAAAAAAAUGUGAAUUAUAUCGUUAGUUACCACAAAUGUAUAAUUUCGGUUAUUGUGCAAUUAAUAUUUUGUUCGACGAAAUCACCGCGGAUAUACAAUAUUCGAGUAUCGUACGACUUUUAAAACAUAUAUGUAUCUAUAAUGUUAUAAUCAUAAUGUGCUUAAUAAAUUAUUUAUUUUAAAAGGUUUUGAUUUAUUGUAUUAUUUAUAAGUUAUCAGCUACUGUCUAAGUUUUAUAUGAUGACGUGUUUAAAUUCCAAUAAUCCCCUAGGGUACGUACGAUAUUACGGGUAUCUACCUACGUGACUGCGGUAAUUUCAGAGGAGCG